GAGAGGAAACCUUCAUCGGAGAGGUGGUGGUGGUGGUGGUGGUGGUGGUGCUCCUCGACAGAGAGGUGGGCACAGACAAAGAAAGAGGUGGUCUUCAGAGAAAUGUAGGCAGAAGACAACGCACCAUCAUCUCUAAUGAAGUCCGGGCCAUCAUUGUUGACCAUGUGGUUAACAGAGGCUUUACCAUGGCUGAGGCUGCCAGGUUGGUACAGCCUAAUUUACAAAGGUCAACUGUCAGCUCUAUCAUCCAAACUUUUUGCCAAGAAAACCGAAUUAACAGGAGACAACCUGGUGGUGGUCGCCCACGUGUUUUGACUGACCAGCAGGAGUUGGCUGUGGUGGAAAUGGUCAGGGCAAGGAAUGACAUAAGGCUGUCUGAAAUCAAACAGGCUAUUGAGAACAGCAAUGACACCUUUGCCAAUGUGCCAUCAAUUAGCCUUCCAACAAUUGCCCGGCUUUUGAAGAAGCACCAGGUUUCCAUGAAACAAAUUUACUUGGUUCCUUUUGAGAGGAACAAUGUCCAGGUGAAACAACUGCGUUCAGAAUAUAUUCAGAGGGUGAUGGAGCUGGACGCUGCUGUGAAUCAUCACAAGUAUAUUUUCGUUGAUGAGGCCGGUUUCAAUCUGGCAAAAACUAGACGCAGAGGACGUAACCUUAUUGGACAAAGGGCUACCAUCCAAGUCCCUGGACAACGUGGGGGAAACAUCUCAAUGUGUGCAGCUAUAUCUGAAGAUGGUGUGGUAGGCUGUAGACCAGUUCUAGGGUCAUACAACACUGAACACCUGAUAGUUAGGUUUUGUUUUGUUUUUUUAAAUGAACUGGAGCAGGCCUGUCAGGGAGAAGACAUCAUCUAUGUUGUUGUGUGGGACAAUGUCAGCUUCCACCAUGCACAGUUGGUUCAGGAAUGGUUUCAAACACAUCCUCGCUUCAUGACCCUCUAUCUUCCACCAUAUUCCCCUUUCCUCAACCCAAUUGAGGAAUUCUUCUCUACAUGGAGGUGGAAGGUGUAUGAUCGCCAUCCCCAUGAGCAUGUCUCCCUCCUUCAAGCCAUGUGUGAAGCUUGUGGUGAUAUAACUGCUGAGCAAUGUCAAGCCUGGAUUCGUCAUGCCAGGAGAUUUUUCCCACGGUGCCUGAACAACGAAGACAUCCACUGUGAUGUUGAUGAAAAUUUAUGGCCCAAUGUUAAUGACCGGCUUGAUUAAUUGUGUAAAAGUGAUAAGAAUAAAAUAACAUAAAAAUAUAUUUUGCUUAUGUAAAUGACUUGUUGUUUUUUCUCCCU